UAUCCAGUUGAGGUGUAUACCUCAACAAUUCUUUGAAAUUUGCUUUCCACUGUCAUUUUUUGUUUCAAAAGAAUCAAAUCAUGUUUUAACCAUUAAAUUUAGACAGCAAGUAGUGUCGUUUUGGCCUCACAACAUCUGAAACUCAGCAUACAAAUACAGAUCAGCGUAUUCACACGAAGAAGAGGACACCAUCGUCUUCGUUCUCGCCGCCCAGUUGCUUCUACACGCGUCACAUAACUUCUCAAAGAUGGGUUUCAUUGUAGGAACCCUAAUCUUCGUCGCCGUCGGGAUAAUAGCUUCUUUGUGCGUUAUAAUCUGCUUCAACAGAGGCCCCUCCACGAAUCUGCUACAUCUUACUUUGAUCAUCACUGCGACAGUCUGCUGCUGGAUGAUGUGGGCGAUUGUGUAUCUUGCGCAGAUGAAACCUAUGAUUGUUCCAAUCCUAAGCGAAGGAGAGUAGUAGAGAAACUUAUGUGUUCAGCUGAGAUACUCGGAAGAUUUCAUCGAAGGCAAAAGCUCCCCAUCGUGAAUCCUGCAUCCUUAUGUAGUUGUGUUCAUCAGCAAUCAUCUGAGGUCCUAGGUGAGUUAAUAAGCAGGAGUACUCAUCUAUAAAACGGAGUUAUAUUUUGAGUCAAAAUGUCUUACUACUACUACUACAAAAAAAAAAAGGUAGGUCUAUGCUUAUCCAUGUUUGUAAUAAAAGUAUUGCAACAGAAUGCAUCAUACAUAAAAUGAUCAGGUCCCAUUUGGCAAGAUGGGUUGACCCGAUCACUAGUUUAUAUAAUACUACCAAAAGAUCAUUAGUAAUAGAUAACACUUUUCACCAUAAAACAAGUUCUCUUUUUAACAAGAGGUUUGGUCCUUUCAAGCUUGGUAUACACUAAGUUCAUAUACAGCUCAAUUUCAAGAUACCAUCACUAAUUAAUAAUUAAUUUGAUUAAGCUAAGACAUAAUACCUUCUCUAGCUUCAUUAAUGAGAAGAUAAAUAAAAGAAAAUGGUUUUCUUGUUUCUCUCCCUUAGAUAAGGUAAAAAGGUAGGUUUUCAAAGUCAAGAUGGUACCAACUAUUAAAACAACACUAACAACAUACACAUUCUACUCGCAAGUGUCUUUUUUUUUUUGUUUUCUCUCAGGUGGUUUCAUAGAACCCUCUCUCCCUAAAACCAACUCACAAACAUAGUGAAAAAAAAAAA